CCCGUAGUUUGGCAGUACAUCGGGAAUUGUGUUUCUCGUGCUGUCUCGCGUUUCUGUAAUUUCUUCUUUCGCAGUAAUUGUACGUAAACUAAUUGCUGUGAUUUCUUUAGUGUUCCGGCUAUUCUUUGAAAACUAAAAAUGAAUGAAUCGGAAAAGUUCGAUGGUAUAUUAUUAGCUAUGGCUCAGCAACACGAAGGUGGUGUUCCUGAGUUGUUAGAGACUAUAUUUGGUUUUCUGCUUCGGAAGACUGAUUUCUUCACUGGCGGUGUUCCAGGAGCAUGCCGAAAUUUGUUGUUAGAAAAAUUUCAAAAAUAUGAAUGUAUGGCUCUUGAGGAGAGGAAGAAAAAAGAACAAGAAAAGGAAGAAGCUGAAAGGAAAAGAAAAGAGCGUAUAGCUCGUAAACAAAAAGAACAACAGAUGGAAUUAGACAAUGACAAUAGGGUCACAGAACUCACCGAUGAAGAAGCAGAAAAGCUUAAAAAAGAAAUGGAUGAGAAAGCCAAGCAGAAGGAAUUAGCAGCUACUGAAAAUGGUGAAAAGGAAAGUCCCGAUGAUAUUAAAAAGCCUGAUGAUGAAGAAGAGGAUGAAGCAGAUAAAAAUAAAUUAAAACCUAAUGCCGGAAAUGGAUGUGAUCUACCAAAUUACAGAUGGACCCAAACGUUAUCUGAAGUCGAGCUUAAAGUUCCUGUCCCUGCCAAUUUUAAAGUAAAAGCAAGAGAUGUUAUAGUUGAUAUAGCUAAAAAGCAUUUAAAAGUUGGGUUGAAAGGACAUACUCCUAUCAUAGAUGGGGAGUUACAAAACAUUGUCAAAGUUGAAGAAUGUUGCUGGGUUAUGGAAGAUAGUAAAACCAUUGCAGUUACAUUAGAAAAGGUUAAUAAAAUGGAAUGGUGGAGCAGACUUGUGAUGAUAGAUCCUGAAAUAAAUACUAAAAAAGUAGCUCCAGAGCCAUCUAAGCUGUCAGAUUUAGAUUCAGAAACUAGAGGUAUGGUUGAAAAAAUGAUGUAUGAUCAAAGACAAAAAGAACUUGGUUUACCCACCUCAGAAGAGCAAAAGAAGCAAGACGUUUUAAAGAAGUUUAUGGAAGCACAUCCUGAAAUGGACUUCUCAAAAUGCAAGUUCUCCUGAUCAAGGUAUAAGUGCUUCCGUGCUUAUCAUACUUGUCAUUCAGUUCUGUACAGUCACAUUCCUGGAAAGUCAGUAUGAAAUACAAAAAUUGCAUCAUUUCAAUAUCUGCUAGCUUGUACAAUUCACUAGACAGCAUGCAAGGCUGCAAUAGUCAUUAUAUAAGCAUGCACAUUGUCUUUUCAUAUAAAUAAAUUCAGAUGUACUAAGUU